UGACAUUAAGUUCACCCAGACUAAUUGUUAAUGACAUUGGUAAAUGCAACCAGUCUCUUAAGUCACAUCCCACUAUGGAAUGGGUCUGUUCAUUUGUUAGACCCAGUGUUUCAUGUUCAGAAAUUCCCAUCCCUAAACCUAUAUGCUGCUUUAAUCGGUGGAGCAGCUGAUUGCAUCGAGGACAGCAGGCAGCUUGGGGCACAGAUGCUGUAUCUGUUUGACUGUGCAGGAGAGGAAAGUACACCAUGCCCACAUAGGCACUGAACAUCUUACCUUCUCCUCAGAGCUCACACCCUUCUGGAGAAACUGUCAGGGAAAAAUAGCAAAACUGUAGUUUUAUCAGUAAAGUCCAGGGCAGAGUCAAUAGGAACUCUGUUUAAACUGGGCAAUUCUGCAGCAAACAGUUAUGUUAAAGGGCCACUGUGUAAAAUGGGUUGAAAACCCUUGAAAACAGUGACAUCAGGUGUCAAAUUCUAGAUUGCAGGGCUCACUCGCUCACCCCUCCCGUCGGGUAAAUGAUGGUGGCCUCGUAGGGACAAAAAGCCUUGUGCAGACACGAGUUUUUCAGGAGUAGGUCUAUCUAGCGACGAGGUGAAUGUUUAUUUAGAAAUCUAAACCAUGUUACAAUAUUUUAAUGGAUCCCUCACGAGCAGGAGACCAGAGUAGCGUUCGGGAAAAAGGCCAGUUUAUUUGAGCACUCCAAAAACUCCGGUAACACUCCAGGGGGUAAAAGUCUCCAUCCCAAACUCUGACUCUUCUAGCGUGACACACACACUCCAUACACACAUUCUCGUUUACAAUACCAAGCGGGUACCCCCUCCCCUCUCUGCUCCACCAAUCUCCAGCCUGCACAAUGACUGACAGCGUAGCCUGUAAACAGAGCUCAGCUGUUUAUUUAGCCUAGCAAUAUCUCUGGACUAUAGUAGCUGCAAUGGACGAGAUUGAACGCGAUUUUGAAGAGUUUCUUGUAGCGGACACAGACCCAAAGCCAUACCUGUUUGAGCCGGAGCAUACAGAUGAGGAACUUGGAUGCUGAGCGGGCGAGACGAGAGGCUGAAUCCUCCGCUCCCAUUUUGCUGCACAGAAUGGGAUUCGGUGCUACUUCUACCAUCGCUGGGGAGAUAUAUCACCAGGAGGAAAAGCGCCGUAGAGAGUGCAUCACAAGGAGUGAAGUUGUGUCUUCUUUUCCUCGCAGAUGAUGGUUUGGGUUCUCUCCUGUUGCGUGAAGUACUAAUGGAUUCAACUACAGCAACAGCAGAACUGGGCUGGACCAUCUACCCAUCACAGGGGUGGGAAGAAGUUAGUGGCUAUGAUGAAAACAUGAACACCAUCCGAACAUACCAGGUGUGCAAUGUCUUUGAUAGCAACCAGAACAAUUGGGUACGCACCAAAUACAUCCGCCGCCGUGGUGCUCAGCGCAUCCAUGUCCAGAUGAAGUUCUCAGUACGUGACUGUAGUUCUAUACCCAAUGUCCCUGGCUCCUGCAAGGAGACCUUCAACCUGUAUUAUUAUGAGUCUGACUCUGACACAGCCACUAAAUCGUCUCCAGCCUGGAUGGAGAACCCCUGGGUAAAAGUGGACACUAUAGCGGCUGAUGAGAGCUUCUCUCAGGUUGAUCUUGGUGGCCGCAUCAUGAAGAUCAACGGUGAAGUCCGAAGUUUUGGACCCGUUUCACGCAAUGGCUUCUACCUUGCUUUCCAGGAUUAUGGCGCCUGCAUGUCACUCAUUGCUGUUAGAGUUUUCUACAGGAAAUGCCCCCGUGUGAUCCAGAAUGGUGCUAUCUUCCCUGAGACUCUGUCUGGAGCAGAGAGCACCUCUCUGGUGGCUGCCAGAGGGGUGUGUGUUCCCAAUGGGGAGGAAGUGGAUGUACCCAUCAAGCUGUACUGUAAUGGCGAUGGGGAGUGGAUGGUACCCAUCGGGCGCUGCAUGUGCAAAGCCGGGUACGAGGCGAAAGAGAAUGGUACAGUCUGCAGAGCUUGUAUGUCAGGCUUCUUCAAAGCUGCACAGGGAGACCACAAAUGUCUGCAGUGCCCGAUCAACAGCCGAACCACCAGCGAGGGAGCAACUAACUGUGUUUGUCGAAAUGGCUACUACCGCACUGACUCCGACCCUCCACAGAUGCCCUGUACAACUGUUCCAUCAGCUCCACAAAAUGUCAUCUCCAUAGUGAAUGAGACCUCUCUGAGGCUGGAGUGGAGCUCACCACAGGAGGGUGGUGGCCGAGAAGAUGUUGUCUACAACAUCAUAUGUAAGAGCUGUGGAAGUGGGCGGGGGGGCUGCACCCGCUGUGGAGACAAUGUGCAGUUUGUCCCACGUCAGCUGGGACUGACCGACACCCGCGUUUUAAUCAGCGAUCUCCUGGCUCACACCCAGUACACCUUUGAAAUACAAGCUGUCAACGGAGUGUCUGACCAGAGUCCUUAUUCACCACAGUACACGUCUGUCAACAUCACCACCAACCAGGCGGCACCGUCAGCAGUGUCCAUCAUCCACCAGGUUAGCAGAGGCCCUAACAGCAUCACCCUGUCCUGGUCCCAACCUGAUCAGCCCAAUGGAGUGAUCCUGGACUAUGAACUGCAGUACUAUGAGAAGAACCAGGCAGAGUGGAACUCAUCUCUAACGAGGAGUCAGACCAACACUGCAGUUAUACGAGGCUUGAAGUCUGGAACUAUCUACGUCUUUGAGGUUCGGGCACGGACUGUUGCUGGAUUUGGACGCUUCAGUGGCAAAAUGUACUUCCAAACUAUGACUGAAGAUGAAUAUAACUCCAGUAUCCAGGAGAAGCUCCCUCUCAUCAUCGGUUCCACUGCUGCAGGGAUAGUCUUCAUCAUUGCCAUCACUGUCCUCAUAAUUGUUUGCCGCAGCAGGAGAAGUUCUGACAGAACAGAAUCAGAGUACACAGACAAACUCCAACAUUACACCAGUGGUCACAUGUCACCAGGAAUGAAGAUCUACAUUGAUCCCUUCACAUAUGAAGACCCUAAUGAAGCAGUCAGAGAGUUUGCCAAGGAGAUUGAUAUUACCUGUGUCAAGAUUGAACAAGUUAUUGGUGCAGGUGAGUUUGGGGAGGUGUGCAGCGGAAACCUGCGGCUGCCUGGGAAAAGAGAGAUCCUGGUGGCUAUCAAGACGCUGAAGGCGGGCUACACUGAACGCCAGAGGCGGGACUUUCUGAGCGAAGCAUCCAUCAUGGGUCAGUUCGACCACCCCAACAUCAUCCAUCUGGAGGGGGUAGUGACCAAAAGCAGCCCUGUGAUGAUCAUCACUGAGUUCAUGGAGAACGGCUCCCUUGACUCCUUCCUCAGGCAAAAUGAUGGGCAGUUCACAGUGAUCCAGCUGGUAGGAAUGUUGCGUGGCAUAGCAGCAGGAAUGAAGUACCUGUGUGACAUGAACUACGUUCAUCGAGACUUGGCAGCCAGGAACAUCUUGGUCAACAGCAACCUGGUGUGCAAAGUGUCUGACUUUGGCCUGUCACGCUUCCUUGAGGACGAUACUUCAGACCCCACCUACACCAGCGCUCUGGGAGGGAAGAUUCCCAUCCGGUGGACAGCUCCAGAGGCCAUUCAGUACAGGAAGUUCACCUCCUCCAGUGAUUGCUGGAGCUAUGGCAUAGUCAUGUGGGAGGUGAUGUCAUAUGGAGAGAGGCCCUACUGGGACAUGAGCAAUCAAGAUGUGAUCAAUGCCAUAGAGCAGGACUACAGGUUGCCACCCCCCAUGGAUUGUCCUAGUGCACUGCAUCAGCUGAUGCUGGACUGCUGGCAGAAAGACCGCAACAACCGGCCUAAAUUCAGCCAGAUUGUCAGCACCCUGGACAAGCUGAUCCGCAACCCCAACAGCCUCAAGGCCAUGACACCACUGUCAUCAAGUGUUCACUUACCUCUGCUUGAUCGCACCACUCCAGACUUCUCCUCCUUCAGCACUGUGGAUGAGUGGCUGGACGCCAUUAAGAUGGGCCAGUACAAGGAGAACUUUACCAAUGAAGGCUUCACCAGCUUUGAUGUGGUUUCUCAAAUAACUAUGGAGGACAUCCUCAGAGUGGGUGUGACACUGGCCGGCCACCAGAAGAAGAUCCUCAAUAGCAUCCAGUCCAUGAGGGCCCAGAUGAACCAGAUCACUUCAGUGGAGGUGUGAUCUUGCAGACUAGGAGCACACAUGCUCUGUUUACAGUAGGAAACCCAGCAGCCACCAACCCUGCAUUCUCCUGGAACCCUCACAGGACACAGACUGUGACUUCAGUCCAACCUCAACCACCUCCAAAGGUUCUAUCAGCCUGCAGCACUGCAGAGAUGUUUUGUAAUUUUCGAGUAGCUGCUGUAUGUUCAGGUAACAGUCAUGCUCAAGGGCUUGGUGUUGACCAAUACCACAGCCAUCUAAACACAGUCUUCAAACUGCUCAGUCCAUGUCUAUUUCAUGGGAUACCUUAUUUCUGGAAUUGAUUCUAUUAAAUAACAAACCAUACUUGGCUCCACUACCACCAAGUUAAAACAUUUAGUGAGAUAUCAGUUUCCAAAACUGGCCUUGCACUUUGAAUUUUUCAGACUCACUGUUGGUAAUAAAAAUCAAUGAAAAUGAAAAACAGCAGACAACUAAAUUUAACUCUGACUCUGAUGGAGAGGCACCUGGCAGUGAAACAUCCUCAAAAAAAAGUUGUCUCAAGUCCACGUACUCCUAUGGCCCAAAUAUCUAAAGUCUCUCCUGAUACAAGAUCGCCCUGCUCUGAGAGCACUGGUCAGGCCUGUUAUUCCUUGUGUGGUGGUUGUUGUGCAUUUAACUCUUCCUUUAACUAAAUUCAACCUCCCUUAUGACUUUUAAGGUUCUGUAUGUAACUUUUGGCGAUUUAAUCAAAUGCAGUCAGCAUCCUGUUGCUCAUGCUUGUUUGUGGCCAAUCAGUAUUCAACACCACAAAGAGACAUAUGAUGUCAAAAAGGCACUGAAAAGCAGCAGCAGAAAAUCCCCAUGUGAGAGGCAGCAGUGUGCUCUUUGCUACCUCUGGUCAUGGUUGUGCUGCUGUUUGAGGCAGCAGGGGUAAGAGCUCGCUCUUUAAAGGCACCUGAUUUGGUUUUGUGGGGUUGAUAGAUGAUAACAUAUUUGCACAAUACCAAGACAAGAAGUAAGUUGCGUACACUGGUAAAGUAAUAGCGCAGUGCGAUUCUGUUUGGUUCUCCAGUUGCACUCACUUUGACCCCUGUGAAGAUUGCAUUACUGUUACUCAGAUGGUAGUUGUGUUGGGUUUUGCUCCCUGUGUUUAUUGGCUCUGAGACUGAGAUGAAGUGAAGAGAUUUUCCCUUUAAAGAGGCUCUUUAAGAGGUAGCUACAUAUUUUAAUGGUGGUGCUAUCAGAAGCUGUAGAUGUUGUUUUCAUUGGACAUCUGAGACAAAUGAAAGAACCAUGUGUCUGUCAACCCAGAGACUUUACAAAUGGCUUCCCCAAUGAAUCCUGUGUGAGCUGCUCAUGUGAAAAAGCCAUAAAAUGGCAUAACUUCUGAAUUCUUAAAAAGGUAGUUGUUUGAUAUUCUCAGUUUUUAGCACACAUCCUCUUACCAAGGAAAUAGCACGUUUCCGCCACCUGAAAUGGGCCAUACACAUAUGUUGAUUGACCACACACUGUCUGUCAUUCACUGUGAUUACACUCAGUACAUUUACAUGACAUUAAAGAAAAUCAAUUUAUUGUGUCAGUCCAACUAAAACUGGACUUUUAAAAUAUAUGUGAGCAUGUUAGCCCGAUUGAAAUCAUGCCAAAUCAAAUUACUCAUAGUCAGACUAACACACCCAAAUAAAGUCAUUGGGAGUUGAAUUCCUACUGUAUGUACACAGUCAAUCAGACCCAAACUGGCCUAGGUGCCCAGCGCAUGCUCAACAGUUUCUGCCCCGGGCUUUGAUCCAAAAGUCAAAUACGAUACGAUACAAUAUACUUUAUUGUCCCACUAAGGGAAAUUUGUCUUGGACUCAGCAACUGUGCCAUAAAUGCCUUGAUAGCCACAAUGACAGCAAACAAUACAUCAACAGCCAUACCAUCCCAACAACAAUUGCAUGACAUUAUUGCACAUAUCCCAUAACAUAAAUAGCAUAGAAUGCGUAACAAAAAAAGAGACCAGUAACAAUAUGGUGAAAUCUACAUCCAGAGUGGUGCGUUUUAGGACGGACAAAAUGUACAGAGUUGUAAAGUUGUCCACCAUGGUACCAGUUUGCCGCUAGCUAACUGUAGCUAACUUGUUUGUCGACUGUUUGGACUGUGGCGUACUAGGUCAAAAAAAGGUACAAUACUAAGAAGCUGAAAGGGGGCAUAUUGCCACCUAUCAUUGCAGAGACGGACAUACCUCAGUCAAUAAAUCCAUUCCCCUCCUGUGCUUGUAUACUGGGACAAGGACAGUAGUCCAAUUAAAUAGCCUAUUUGAGCUAUAACCGUAGCUCCACUUAACUGUGCAUAGAAACGUACUGACUGUCCCAUUUACUGUGAAGCUUUGUAGAGUUACUGUAAAGUCUGGGUCAGGAAACAGCACAUUACAACCAAAGUCCUCUCAGUGCUGCAAGGAACUGUACUUCAUGAUCUACACACAGUUGAAAAAAUGAAAUCACAGUCAUCACA